ACGGUCACCACUGUGGCGGCUGGAGAGACGGAGAGUUUGUGUCUAACAGAUGGAUAAAGGUCAGUCAGCCGGAGGAAGCCCACAUGUCGGUCCGAUUAGAAUCGGGCCGACAGAGCGUCCCGUUACCGGCGAGCAGCGUCCGUCCAAUUGAUUUGAAGGGGAAUGAAUGCUGACACAUCCACGCGGUCGGUCAGAGAGGGCACGCGCUGCACGAGCUGGAGAGCGGGCAGAGUAAUGCGUUUAAGGGACGGGGCCACUUAGCUGCUACUGUGGAAGUCCACUACAGCGGAACACCUGGACACGUUUGGACAACAUGUCUCUGCUCAAACAGCGGGGGAGAGAGCUCGAGCGGUUCGACGGACUGUCGCUCAUCUACUGGACACUAAUGGGUCCAUACGGAGUAGACAGAGCUGUUCAUUCCAUGGAGUUUACUGAUUGUGAGAACGGCCUGGGGAUUAAAGUGAUUGGUGGAGUGAAGGAGCUAACUGGAGAGGAGUUUGGAGUCUACGUCAAACGGAUUUUACCAGGUGGCCUUGCAUCAAGUAACGGAAACCUGAUGCCAGGGGACCAGAUCUUGGAGGUGAACGGUGACAGUCUAGUAGGAGUCACAAGUGAAAGAGCUGUGGACAUCUUGAGAGGAGCCUCUGCAACUAAUCUCAUGCGCCUUCUCAUAGCCAGAGAUGAGGAAGCAAAGAGAGAAUUUGCUGAGUUGCUGGAGAAGUAUGGAUCUAAUAGCAGCACAGGAUCAACACGCAACUCUCCCAUACAGCAAGGAGGCCGCUACCUGGAUAGUACAUCAUCUGGUUCCUCGUCUCGCUCCCAGAGUCCUUUGUUGUUGAGCCCAGCAGGCUCUCAGAACAUGUACAACAACAGUGGGCCCAUGUUGCGCUCCCUCAGUCAUCCAGGUGAAGGAGUGAUUCAGCUCAUUUCAGUUGCACGAUCCAGCAGUUUGGGCAUCACCAUCGGAGGAGGCUCCAACAGGACCGACGGCCCCGCUGUCUUCAUUCAGGAGGUGCUGUCUGGAGGAGACUGUCACCGGGACGGACGUCUGAGGCCUGGAGAUCAGCUCAUUGCCGUUAAUAAGGAGUCCCUGAUAGGUGUGACCCACGAAGAGGCCAAAAGCAUGCUGAACAAAGUCAAAGUAAGCCAAGACGGUGCUGUGGAGAUAGCCUUUAUCCCCGGGAAAGGACUUUUUCCCAGCAGCACAUCUCUCCACAACGGGGUCCAGCGAGCCGCAGGCAACAGCUACAACUCUGGACGCCUAAAAGUCCACAUCAGAUCACCUGAGACCUGUACAGAGGAGCCAGUCCCAGUGUCCUCACCUUCUCCUGACAUCUGCCCACCAGAUAUUCAUAUUUCAGGUUCAACCAGCCAGAGGUCACCAACGGGGGCCAAACCUAAGAUAACACUGGACCCCUACAUACGCCUCAAAUCAGACAAGUUAGACGUGGCUUUGUCCUUCCUCGGGUUGGAUGUCACAGAAGAGAAGAGGAAGAAGUUGAGACAGAGUCUGACCACAGACCCACAAGGCACUGUGGCCUAUGGAGACUUCGUGGAGGCCACCCGGAACGUUUUCCAGGAGAACCUGGAGGAGCUGGGUUUAGGGGCGGGUCCCUUUAUGUUUUCCUAUCACGAAGCAGCUAGUUUGAUGGACACGUCUGCCUUCCACUCCCCUACAUAUGAAUCAGAAUGCAGCUACAGCAGUGAGGAGAUGGAGCAGUUUCAAACAGAGGUGAAGCAGCUGCAAACCCAGAUGAAGCAGCUCAAGUUGAUGCUGAAGGACACGGAGCACAGCAAGAAGAGCCUGGAGGAGGAGCUGCAGAAGACCUCAGAGAAAGCCUGUUUGACUGUGGAGGAGAACACCCGUCUGAAGACUCGUCUGCAGGCAGCACAGACCGAGACCGGCCAGCGGCAGGCCAGCAGUGCGGAGCAGGACUACGAGGAGGUCAUCCAGCUGCUGGAGGCGGAGAUCAAAGACCUGAAGAACCAGCUGGCCAGCAAGAGGCAGGCAAGAGGACUGGAGUCCACAAAGGAGGACGUGCUGGAUCUGAACAAGAGGCUGACAACUAUCGACUGCCAGCUGAAGAAGUCCGAGCUGAGCAGGAAACACCUGGAGAUCAACAACAGGAAACUGCUGGGCUUCGCACAGAACGUCCACAAAGUGCUGACGACACCCAGCCUGUUUGUAGGGGAAGGCGGGAGCAACAGGUCAUCUCCAGCCACCGACAGCCCCGAUCCCGCCUUCCAACUGGCUGUGGAGGCCAAAGAGCUGGUGGCGGAAGUCUGCUCCCCCACUGCCGAUGACAAAGUGUCAGUGAGUGUGUUGGAGGCAGCAUCAGUCCCAGACGUCAACCUUCAUCAUAUGUGAGCGGAGCCAGCGGACUGUGAGAGGACCUGGGCAGGCUGAGAGGCUGAACGAGCUGAACCCCAACGGACUACACCGUGGUCUACAGACUGGACGCCAUCCGAUAAUCUUCUCAAAAUAAUGACAUCACUUUGACAAAUUCAAAUCCUCCGUUCACAGUGAACGGUUGAUUGAACACAACCUGGCCGGUGUUUUAAUGCCAAAGCUUGCUCACACACAUCAAAUGAGUGUCUUCCUUUUGAAGCGGAGGGUUCAGCAGUGGGGCGUGACCCAAGGACUCGUCGUUUGCCGAUAACACGUGCACACUGGAAUUCUCUUUUGUGUACCUCUGACAGCAGGUGGUGUUUGAGGAGCUGCAUGACCAAGUCCACAACACACACACAUGCUGCUGUCAACCUUGUUAAUACUCCUCUCUGACCACUUUUCUAUCCCCCCUUCCAGCCACACACACACUCCAUGGGUUGCAUGUAUAGGAGGACCUGUUAGCUUGUAAAGGACAAUCCAAGGCGGGUCUGUUCAAAGAGUCUUCCUCUGUGUCAUAAUAACUCGCUGCCAUCUGCCACAGGAGUUAUGAACUGUUGAGCAAAAAGUAGAAACAAACCAACGGUGUCCCUUUGUCCAUCUCCAUAACUCUUCCCGUGCCCUUAUCCCCUAACAGCAGGCAGAGAACGACGUGUUCAGAGAGACUGGACUUCUGUGGCUUCAUACUGCAUGGUUCAUGUUGCGUCUCCUGCAUCCAGGAGUGGCUGUCAUGUUGCUGUAGCUCCUGCUGUGUAAACCUGUGUUUGGUAGUCACAGAGUCGAGGCAGACAUCAGUCUUAGUGGAACAUUCAUUUGAUUUAUACGGACAGCUUUGAAAGAUACUGACAUGUCCUGUGUUUCAACAACAUUGCAUCUUUGGUGUGGCCUCAUAUCUUUCUGUUACUGUUUUAUAUUAAAGGACUAACUGCUGACUGGAUCUGAUGUUGUGUUUAUUCCAGUCUCCUAACAUUUUAUUGACACCAACACUGUUGAACCCGAGGUGACGAUUUGAUCAAAUGAGAGGAAGGGACUUGAAAUAAGAAACAUGAGCU